AGCCUUGUGGCAGGGAGGAGCAGUGUGGCUGUCCUGUGUGGCUGAGGCGGAGGGACGAGGCCGAGCAUCUUUGUGUGUGUGUUGGUGUAUGCCGUGUUGGAUGCCGCCGCCUGGGCCCGGGAGCAGCGCGGGGCCGCGGGGGGCAUGGAUCCCAGCAUAGCGUGGUACCAGCCGGAGCAGCGGGGCCCCGCGGGGGAGCUGUGGGCGAGGGUCUGGCUCACGCAGCAGGGCCUCGACAACAUGAACCUCGGGGACACCAACAUGAACCACACGCAGCAGGAAUACAUUCCCGUCGCCGCGGAUGACGACUCCGCCAGGACGACAACAACCACCACCACCGCCAACACCAACACCAAUAAUAGCUACUACAACAGAACCAAGAGGAAACGCGAGAACCGUGCCAGCACCUACGGCCUCAACCAGAACCACAAGAGCCUCAUAGGGCGCUUCGGAGGUUGUCCCUGGCGGCGCAGAACCCCGCCCUAUGACCUCGGGGUAGUCGGACUGCACCAGGAGAUGGAGGACUUCUACUACUGGAUGUCCCCCACCAAAGAGGAGCACCACAUGAGAAAACGUGUGGUGGAGCGCAUUGAGCAAGUUAUUGUGGACCUCUGGCCGCAAGCGAGAGUGGAAAUCUUCGGGAGCUUUCGCACCGGCCUGUACCUGCCUACUAGUGAUAUAGAUCUGGUGGUGAUAGGGAAGUGGGAAGCCUUGCCGCUGCGCACGCUGGAGAAAGCUUUGCUGGACCACAAGAUAGCUGAACCCUCCUCUCUCAAGGUCUUAGACAGAGCAUCGGUGCCCAUUGUGAAGCUGACUGACAGCGAAACAGACGUCAAGGUGGACAUUUCCUUCAACAUGAGCAGUGGCGUGAACUCUGCUCGGCUUAUCAAAGAUUUUAAGAAGCGCUUUCCAGUUCUGUCCAAGCUAGUCAUGGUGCUCAAGCAGUUUCUCCUCCAGAGGGACCUGAACGAAGUCUUCACUGGAGGAAUAUCUUCGUACUCUCUCAUACUUAUGACAGUCAACUUCUUGCAGCUACAUCAAAGGUUAGACGCCUCUCAGCCCAACGCCAAUCUCGGAGUGUUGCUGAUAGAGUUCUUUGAGUUGUACGGUCGGCAUUUUAACUACCUGAAGACUGGCAUCAGGAUAAAGGACGGCGGAGCAUAUAUAUCAAAGGAAGAGGUGCAGAGGGACAUGCCUGAGGGUCACCGGCCGUCUGUACUGUGCAUUGAAGACCCGCUCAUACCAGGGAACGACAUUGGCCGGUCCUCAUAUGGAGUGCUGCAGGUCAAGCAGGCGUUUGAGUAUGCUUACAUUGUACUGUCUCAGGCUGUGAAUCCCCUCAACAACAUCAUCAAUGACCCCAAUGAGUACUCCAUCCUGGGGCGCAUCUUGAGGAUAACGGACGACGUCAUCCUGUACCGCCAGUGGAUUCAGAAGACCUUCCCCGUCAGCCGGAUGCCCGUUACCUCAUCCGGGGCGCACCAUGUCACUCCCUCACACCCGGCCACGCCACCCACGCCACCAGUGGAGUUCUAUGGCCAGAGCAGCUUGAAGGAGUCAUCGGAUAACCAGUACAACAGCAACAACAACAAAAACAACAACAACCACAAUGAGAACAGGAACAUGUGCAUGAAGUCAAGCCUGGCUGAUGAUGAUGCCCUGUCCUCUGAGGCCUCGGAGCCACAUUCCACGCCACCCUCCUCCGUCUCCUCAGUCAGCGAUGACACGGACUCUGACCAGGCUGUUGACAUGAGUGAGGGGAGCCGCAACAGCUCCCCGAACAUCCACCACCAACUGCAGCUCCACCACCUCGCCAGCACCCCAGCCGUCAGCCCCGUCAUCAGCACCGUGCCUGGCAUCAGCUGCGGCAAGGCGAGCAAGCACCAAGGUCUGGCUGGCACCGCUCCGCCCCUGCACCACCCUGGCACUCUCGAUCUGGAGGGCCGCUUGGAUGAGGUGCCACAGGGGAACAAGCAGCAGCAUCACGUGCCACACUACCACCCUGAGCACAUGCCAGCACCACACUCCUGGCACCACCACCCAUCAGGAGGCUCCGGCCAGAACGUCAGCCCCACCAAGCCUUUGCCCAAGCACCGGAGAUAUUCCCAGCCCUCUCAAGGUGGUGCAUCCGGGGCCGGAGAGCUUCGCCUGGGCAAGGGGAGUGGUGGGAACAAGUACUCAGGUGACAACCUGAACAGUAACAGUGUGGGCGGUGUGUCAGUGAGUGGGCCGGCCCCCGUGGGCGGCGGCAGCGGCCAGGGGAGAGUGCGAGUGCCCUACAAUAAGCGCAAAAAGUCUUCGCGGCGAGACUCAGACACUCGGAGUGAGGCGCACGACAUCCACCGGUGAUGUCGGGGGAGUGGUGGUGUGGACAGUGGACCUUGCCGGGGCGCCCCGGGGAGCGUCAGAACCGCCUGGCCAAGCGCCGCCUGUGAUGAAUGGUGAACAGUCGGGUGACUGUGAUCUUGGCGUUGUCCUGAAAGGUGCAAGCCAGCCCUCUUACCUUCUGUGAAUAUACGACGUGUGAGUUUCUCCGAGUGUGCGAGAGAACAAGCCAGGUUUCUAAGACAACCCUCCAUUCCAGGGGACGCUGCUGUACAAGUCCACGCUAGUUUGUGGAGCGUAAUGACGUGAACCUUUGAGCAACGUGGCUGUUUUUUCCAGAACUGUGAGAGUUUUUAAUAGACCAAUAAUUAUAGAGUAUAUUUUAUUGUUUUAUUUCCGUUGUUUGAGCUGAUUUGUUUGGUAUGAGUUUUGUUGGCCAUCAAAACAAGUUUAUUAAGUGAAUGUUUUCUGCCAUUUGAUCUUUGCCAUUGGAAGUGCAGCGAGCCAGAGCACUGGUUGAGUUCUUGAGGUCAAUGACACAUCAGGGGAUUGUUGUAGGGUUCUUCUGUAUGGCCUAUGCAAAAAAUAUUAAAAGUAAAAAAUAUGUAAUGUAGUGAGGGUGGGUAGACCCUUAGUGUAUGCUUCCAAAUAGAAUCUGUCAUUAGUGAUGUUAUUUGUGUAUGUAUAUAAACUUAUAUUUUAUGUGAUGUGUGUGUGUUUUGUGUUGAAUUGUAUGACUUAAUAUAGUACAUAAGUAAGUAAUACGAGAUGCGUGUAUGUUAUACAUUUGCAUUUUAUGCAUCAUGAAUGAAUUUGAGCCUUUGUUCCUUUGGUUGGGUUGUGUGUACAAGGCAAAGUUUUGUGCAUGGAGUUGUGGUGUACAAGGUAGUCCCAUAGUGUGUGUGUGCAAGGUGUGGGAGUGGCGGGGAUGUGCUGGGUAGUGUGUAGAGGGAGAGGGGGUACUUAACUUAUUUUUGUCAAUUCCUGUUGGACCAAAAUCUUGUUUCUUGGAGUCAGGCAGCAGCUCUGCUGAUGGGUCUUGUUGUGCAUCCUGCUAGUUUGUUGUGUUCAGCUCUUGGAGCGUGACCGAGGCCACUCACUGCCCACACAUUAGCCCAGCGUAAGACUAGACGCCCGCUGUCGGUCCUCAGCCGGGGCGGGGCGCUUGAGGGGUUUAGUACGGCUGCAUAUUUUCCUAGAUUGUGAUUUUCUGUGCCAAGGAAAUACAUUGCCUAAGACUUGUGUACUGAAGAAUAAAUCAUCUAAGUCAUACAUAGAAGUCCAUAUCACUUUUGUUCUAAGUAAAUUAAUGUACUAAGUCAACAAUAGAAUAUUUUCCUAUGUGAAUGAGUGUAGUUGUACAAUAGUUAUUUAUUAUAUUAUUAUGAAUGCAUUUAAAACCUCCAUAGGUUUUAUGAGCUAAGUGUCGGAUUUCAAAGUUUUAUUAGUUUAGCUGGUCGCAGCAGCUGUAUGCAAUAGAUGUGUAGCCCCUCCAGUUUUCUAUGGGAUUGGGAAUGAUAACAAUAAUACCCUAGAGAAAUAUUUUCUUGUACUGAUGCCUGUGUGCCCAAGACAUGUCCAAGUAAUCUUGUCAUGGAUGAGGAUGGUUGGCAGACAGGUCAAAAAUCUUUUACCCUGAAACUAUGACUCAAUCAGUAUUGUCAAGGAAAUAAUUUACAUUAGGCAUAAAGAAAAGGUCACAGCCUGAACAUUGUGACAAAAUACAACAUUGAUAACUCAGCCCCAAGCAUUGAAACAUCACAUGUAAACUCUACGUAUAAUGUGUUACCAGUACGUUGUAGGCAUCUUUCAGUAUAAUAUAUUUUAAGAUAUUUCCACAAGCCAACCAGAGUGCAAAUGUACCACACAUGUAAGUUACUUGCUGCGAAAAGUGCCUGGCUCACUUAGGCCACAAUCGUUCAUGCAGUUUAUUUGGUUUCAAACAAAGGCGUUAAUAUCAUUGUAGGGAGCCCGGACCGCUCUUUGUAAACAAUGCUGAUUGGUGCCACCUCUAAAUGCCGAACCGCGUGACUUUCUGCCGCUUUGCAUGUCGUUUGAGGUUGAACAUGAGUGUCUUGCCGUGAUCCCUCAGCCACGAUGGUAGAGUUUAAGUCAUUCCUAGGCAGCAACACGAGUAGCUUUGUGACGUGUACAUUUUUCUAAAUGCUGAUCAUUGUACAAGUCUUGGUGACCCUCGGACUAGCAGCACCAGUCACUGUAGUCGAUUCCACGAGAACUGGCGGGCCUAUUCUUUCAAGGAUGGACUCGCGGACUUGGUAUCAUUGCUUGGGUAGUAAGCUAUGGCAGGUUGGAUCUAGUAAACAACAGCCAUGGAGACCGUCACCCAAGCAAUGAUGCCAAGUCCGUGAGUCCACCCCUGAAGGAUUAGGCCCGCCAGCUCUCGUGGAACCAAUUCUAGUGCUCCCCGCAGGGUGUGCAAGCCCUCCUCCGGCCGUGAGAGGUUUCCCUUUGGUGAUGCUACUUAGUAUUAAUUUUGACCUGUAGUUCAUGGCGGGGGAGGCGUUGACUGUGUGGAUAAAAGAUUCUUGGCCUGUGCAGACAUUAAGUAUUGGGUAUGGAGGAGUGGAGAGGAAGGAAUAAGUACUUGCUGUGAAUAAAGAAAUAUAAAAAAAUAGCAUAAAAAGCCACUGAUUUGACUAAUAGUUUAUUAUUACUACUACUACCAGCUUGCACUCUGAUAUUAGAAUUCACAAAACUGAAAAAAAAAUAUAUAUUGUUCUGCCAUGCAUUGAAAACACUGUCACUCACCUGUAGUGCAAUAAAAAUAAUGUAAAAGGUUUAUAAAAAAAAAAUUGCUUGCUUUUCUGUAUGACUUCCAGGUGGGUUUGUUUGUGGUGACGGGCCGGGGCAACCGACGGCCUUGUACGUGCCCUUGACAAGCGACUAAACCAAGAUUAUUCAGUGUUUACAGAGCACCAAAGACUGUAGAAAUGUCUUGUAUAGUAUUAAGUUUGUUACCUUCAUAAAAUUACUGCCUGUCAUUUUUCUACUCCUCAGGAAAUCGAAAAACCUGUCAAUUUCUCAUUUGGAUUAUGAUUACAAAGCGCGAAAGACUGUAAAUGUGUCUUGUAUACUUUAAAGUUUGCAUUACCCUUAUGAAAUUAUUCCCUAAGUCAUUUUUUCUACUUUUCAGAUAAUCAAAAAACCUGUCAUUUUCUCAUUUGGCUUAUGACUGAGGCAGAAAUGUCAUGGCAGAUUUACCUUCAAUGACAAAGGCACUUGCACCAAAAUGUACAUCACACUAUGAAAAAAAUCUGGAAAUUGCUUAAAAAUGACUUGGGCAAUUAUUUUAUGGGGGGGUGACAGUAUGUUAGCAUCUCUGCGCACCAAAUACUACGCAGAAAUCUGUCGUGUAGUCUUUGGGUGCUUUGUAAGAAAGGAGUUAACUUGAAAGACCCAUUUGGAUUGUGAAAUACUACACAAGGAUCUGUCGUGUAGUGUGCAGUGCUUUGUAAGAAAGGAGUUAACUUGAAGAGUCAUUUGGGUUGUUAUAUACCACACAAGAAUCUGUUAUGUGGUCUUGAUUGCUUUGUAAGAGAGGGGUUAACUUGAAAGAGCCAUUUGGAUUGUGAAAUACUACACAAGGAUCUGUCGUGUAGUGUGCAGUGCUUUGUAAGAAAGGAGUUAACUUGAAGAGUCAUUUGGGUUGUUAUAUACCACACAAGAAUCUGUUAUGUGGUCUUGAGUGCUUUGUAAGAGAGGAGUUAACUUGAAAGAGCCAUUUGGAUUGUGAAAUACUACACAAGGAUCUUUCGUGUAGUGUGCAGUGCUUUGUAAGAGAGGAGUUAACUUGAAGAGUCUUUUGGGUUGUUAAAUACCACACAAGAAUCUGUUAUGUGGUCUCGAGUGCUUUGUAAGAGAGGAGUUAACUUGAAGAGUCUUUUGGGUUGUUAAAUACCACACAAGAAUCUGUUAUGUGGUCUCGAGUGUUUUGUAAGAGAGGAGUUAACUUGAAGAGUCUUUUGGGUUGUUAAAUACCACACAAGAAUCUGUUAUGUGGUCUCGAGUGCUUUGUAAGAGAGGAGUUAACUUGAAGAGUCAUUUGGAUUGUUAAAUACCACACAAGUAUCCAUCGUGUAGUCUUGAGUGCUUUGUAAGAAUGGAGUUAACUGGAAGUCAUUUGGUGUAGUCUUUGGUACUUUGUGAAAAUGAUUAACUUUGAAGAGCCAUUUGGUUUGUUAAGUACUAUACAAGAAUCUGUCGUGUAGUCUUUGGCGCUGUCUGAAAUCGAGUAAACGUGGCGAGUCGCGGAAGCCGUUGUGUUGGGCCGAGGAACUUUUGUCUUCUGUUAAGCGACACACUUUAGCCUGUCGUGUUAAGCCAUGUUGGAAUCUAUCUUACCAUACCGUGUGAUAUAACAUUAGCCAAAUAUAUAGUAGCGUAAUCAUAAUACUUUGCAUAGUAUUAGAACACAAAGAAAGACAUGUUUUCAUAUUUAUUUUAUUCUAAGUCUUGCGUAAAUUUGGCAAAACAGGGUUGAGUUGGCAGCGACUAACACCCAGGUUUAGUUUUUUCCUCCUUCAAAGUUACCAGGAUUGAUGUAGAGUUAAUUUUACUUGCAUUAGUGCAGUAUAACCUUGAUUUGCCAGAGCCAGAUAUCUUAAACAAUUGUGUUGACUGGUGGAUUGUAUUGGGAAAUUUAUACUCUCAUUAUAAUUCAUUUUAAACUCGGCACACACUCACAUUUAUUUUGAUUUGUCAGACCCAGAUAUCUUAAAAAAUUAUGUAGACUGGUGGAUUGUAUUGAGAAAUUUAUACUCUUUCAUUAUAAUUCAUUGACAACACAACACACUCACAUUUAUCAGUCCUUUAAGCAUCAAUCUGUUUCACCCCAGUCACUGUAGGUUCAGUUUUACUUGCAUCAGUGUUACCUUGACUUGCCAGACACAGAAAACCUAAAAAAAUAUUGUGCCCUGGAUGCUGUUGGGAAAUCUAUGCUUUUUCACUAUACACAACACACACACAUUUACCAGUCAUUUAAGCAUCAGUCUGUUUCACCCCAGUCACUGUAGGUUUGAUUUUAAUUGCAUCAGUAUUACCUUGAUUUGCCAGACCCAGAAAAUCAAAAAAAAAUUGUGUACGUAGACUGGAUUGUGUUGGGAAGUUUGUGCUCUUUCAUUUUAAACACGGCACACACACACACACACACACACACACACACACACACACACACACACACACAUUUGUCUGUUAUUGUAGUAAGUAUCAGUUAUAUACCCCAGUCAUUUAUCAGCUGCAUUCUUAUUUUCUUCUUCCUUUUUCUUGUUUCUUUCUUUUCUUCUUUUUCUUCCUUAUUUUCUUCUUUUUCUGCUUCAUUUUUUUUUCUUCUUCUUUUUCUUCUCCUCCUCCUUCCUCAGUUAACAUCCAUAUCUUCCCCUUAUGGGUGUUUACUUAACCUUAUACCUUGCCUUAUACUUAUUCACUUGUACUCGGUCAUUUGUGUGCUGUGUUCUGCUCUCAGAAAAGUAUAGAUUCCCAGCAGUCUUGAUCACUUGCUUCCCCUUCCUUUCAGUCCAAGCAAUCAAGGUGUUACUGUUAUGCACUCUGGAUAAUGCCAAUGGCUAAGGCUUUGUGAAGAAACAACACACUAUUAAGUUGUUGGGUUUUCCUCUGAAGGUUAGGUUGAUGUGGUUAGUUGUGUUAUAUCGAGAGCUGCUGAAGGUUUUGGCUCACCCAGUUUGUAAAUUGAUUUUUAUUAUGUUUUGCUUUUAUUUUUUAUGCUUAGAAUCACACUAGAAAAUACAUAACAAAAGCUUGUGAACAUACAAUCAUGUAAGUGGUUUUCUUGUUUUAUUGUUUAAUGUUAAUAAUGAGUUGCUUUGGUCAGUGUGUAAAAGUAAGUUCAUUUAUUGAUUCUGUCACCAACACUGUAUACAAUAAGUGAUGUCUAGGUGGCUAACAACUUACUACUGCAGAAUGGAGCCACAGACAUGUCAUAUUUGUGUACGAGAAGCUGACCCCACAUAUAUUUUUAUUGUGUUGAAGGGGCUAAAGUACUUAAAAUGUCCAAACACAGGCACACAUACACACACACACACACACACACACACACACACACAUACACAUACACCAGUCCAGACCAUGAGUGCAUUACAAACACACACACACACAUACAUACACAUACACCAGUCCAGCAUGAGUGAAUUACAAACACACACACACACACACACACACACACACACACACACAUACAUACACAUACACCAGUCCAGACCAUGAGUGAAUUACAAACACACACACACGCAACCAAAUCCUGACACCGCAGAACACAUAGUAACUUGCCUAUUGGUGUGUGGGGGAAAGAAUUUUUUCAUAUCUCUCCUGGGAAAGUAAUAAUUCAUCUGAUUGAGUAUUAUACAUCAGUCUGUUGAUGUCCACUGAGCACUGAGCAGCCUGGUGUUUAGUGUGUUUGUGUGGGUCUGUCCUUGUGUUGUGCGGCCCACCACUCCACCACAGCAUUCCCGCUAUGCUUGCUGUGGUUGGUUGAUUCUUUGUGGUGAAUUGUAAUCUAGUUUUAUGUGGCAGACUAUUGGAGUGCUUUGAUCUUUCACUAAAAUUCAAUAUUAUGAGGUGAAUGACAGUGAUUUGUGCUUGGAUAUCGGCUAAGAAAAUUGUGAAGAAUUAUAGUUCUACCUCUGUACAGUUAGGCAAAUUAGUUAAUUUAUUAAUACAAAGUUCAGUGUGAUUACUUUUGUCUUAGAUUUAUUUAGUAAUGUUUGAUAUCUUUAAGCAAUCAGUCUGUAUUGACAUUCAUUUCCAGCGUGUAUUGUUUGCGACAGACCACGUAGUCGACAGUGUUCCCGGGAAGUAACCCAAAGGGAACAGGUGGACAUUCGCGCCAUCUUGUGACACAGUUUGUCAGAUGUUUCCUUUUUAAAAGUACAUAUAUGCAAAAAUACUCAUACAUAACGUUAAGCUUCACAAGAAAUGCAUUUGGGAUCACUAAUUACAGAAGAGAUAUUAACACCAGAAGUGGUUGUAGCUAAACUGUCCUUGUGUGACCAAAGUAAAGAGUGGAGAGUACGAGGCAGCGAGCGAACCUUUCACUCACUGUUGUAGCAGCGGCCAUGGGGAGAAAUUCUUGCCACACUCACGGGAAAAUUUGCCGCCGCGCACAGUCUCAUUUUUGUCUCGUUUCGGACCUGCAUCAAAGACUUCAUGGGAAAAAAACAAAACUGAAACACACAAUUACUGGAAGGGUUGCCAGGCGAGAAGCGUAUGUCUUGGAAGCCUACUACAUAAGUUUCACGUUGGGUUUCAGCGGAACGUGUACUAGUAACAGAUACAGGAUUUCUGGUUUUUGUACAAAUAUUUACAGUGUGACCAUUGCCUUGAAAAUUUAUAAGUGAAAAUUUAGGUAAAAAGAGUAAAUGUA